AUGGAAUUCCUGCGAAACACCUCCAGGACUUCCGCGACCACCGAGCACGUGUCCUGGCACAAGUGGGUCGACGUGUGCAUCCUUAUCUUCAUCAACUUCUGCAACUACAACGACCGCUACAGCCUCGCCGGCAUCCUCAUCGACGUCCAGGCCGAGUUCGACAUCCGGAACGAAGCCGCCGGGCUCAUCCAGACGCUCUUCAUCGUCCCCUAUACCCUCUCUGCUCCCGUCUUCGGCUUCUUCGGCGACCGCUACAACCGCAAGUACAUCCUGGCUUUCGGGGUGGGCCUCUGGAACGCCGCCACAGUCGCCUGCUCCUUCUCCAACACCUACUGGCUCUUCCUGCUCUUCCGCUCCGUCAUGGGUCUCGGUCAAGCGUGCUUCACUACCGUGUCGCCGUCCAUCAUCAGCGACCUCUUCGUGGGCGACAGGCGCUCCCGCCUGCUCGCCAUCUUCUACACCGCCAUCCCCGUGGGCAACGGCAUGGCCUACGUCGUGGGUGCUCAGGCGACCGAGCUCCUCGGGACUUGGCGCUGGAGCCUGCGCGUCCCCGUGUUCGUGGGCGUGAUGAACGUGCUACUGAUCCUCUUGGUGCUGCGACACCCCCAGCGCGGCGAAGUGGAGGGCCGCCACAUGUCGGCAACGCCCUGGACCAAGGACUUGGUGUACCUGCUCACGAACAAGAGCUUCAUGUUCUGCACCCUGGGCUUCACUGCGGUGGCCUUCACGGCGGGCGUUACCACCUGGUGGGCGCCGAAGCUCAACGUGCUGGGUUUCCGGUUGCACCGGCCGGACGUCAAUCAGUACACGGAGAGCUCCCUCUUCGGCAUAGUCAGCAUGGUGUCGGGCUUUCUGGGGCUGCUCAUCGGGUACGUGGCCACGUUCCAGGCGAAGGAGUCGUACCCACCGGUGGACCCGCUGGUGUGCGCCGUGGGGCUGGUGAUCUCGGCGCCGCUGAUGACCGGCGCCACCUACGCUUCCAUGAGCGACAGGAUCACGACGUACGCGCUGCUGUUCGGGGGGUUCGUGUUCAUGAACUUGAACUGGGCUCUCACGGUGGAUAUUUGCAUGAACGUGGUGGUGCCGUCGAGGAGGGCGCUCGCAAUGGGGAUGCAGUUGUUGAUAGGGCACACAUUCGGGGACGCGGGCAGUCCGUCCCUGACGGGCUUGAUUUCGGACAGGCUCUACGACCACUACCAGGAGGUGGAGGAGAAGGAGACCAACGAGUUUUACUCGUUGCAGCACGCGUACUUCCUGGGGAUGGCGGUGGAGUUGCUAGCGGGGGUGUUCUUUUUUUUAAACGCGGCGUUCAUCAUGAAGGACUUACUCAAAAUAGACGAGGGCGCGCAAAACGAAGAACAGGCUGAAGCAGCGAAAUCGCAGGCCAACAGUACCGACGACGCCGGGACAAAGAAACAUUCUUGGAAGGAAGACCCAUGGGAAGUUAUAAUCAUCAAAACGAUCAAAUUUGAGCAUUACACAGCCCUCACGUGGUCCAUGACCAUCGUUAUCAAUGACCUGCAGUUGUCAGUGUAUGACUGGGGCUUCUAG